AGACACGAGCGUUCGGAUCCAAGCCAGGCUUUGACUUCGAUUUCUUCGACCUCUCCUCCCCCACCCAAGUGCCGCAGUGCCGCAGUGCCCCCCCUCGUUAACUGACUCUCUGCCGUCUUAAUAAACAACACAACACAAAGAAAACUUCCAAAAGCAAAAAAAAGCGACUAACAAACCAAUACAGCCACAAGUCUGCGCGCUUUUAAAACGCGCAAAAGACAAACAAAGGCGGGCAGUCUCGAAAAUUGACUUAAAUUAAUGUGUAUUGAGAAAUAUAUAGACUUUAAAUGCCUCUGAUAAAGGAAAUCUGGCGCGCCAACAAGAAUAAAUCAAAGCAAUUUUUAUUCUAAUCGAUUACCACUCGAAAGUGUCUCUGCAUCUGUGCGCUUCGCAACGAACCUUCUCGUCAAAGGGACUUUGUUUUGAGCUCCUUCAGCUCUUGCUACUACGGCGCGAUUUAAACGAUAUUGAAGAAUAUUAUAAGAGAUUUGUAACUAUAUGUAGCCUGGCGAUAUCCUGGCACAUACCUGAACAUUCGAGUGCGACCAUUAAGGACUCUGUGAGCAUGAUAGCGCACUGUGGAUACCGCUACAUGUGGAACCGUGAAAUUGUGAUCAAUUCGCAAAAGUUGGUGAAACGACGUUAAGAUCCUUGUUGAUCUACCGUCCGGCCACGCCUGUUUAUUUUUUGCGGCAGCAGUUACAUAACACGGACAGUGACAGGACCUGGACAGUCAGAGAGAUAAAAAACAGAAACAGAUAACAUCCAACAUCACACCAAGUUAUCAAAGUUGAAAGUCAAAAUAAAACUCUAUAAAUACCUUUUGCCACGUGCCUUAGUUUUUCGAGUUUUUUGUAAAUCGUUUGUAAAUAUGAUUUUUUUUGUCAUUUAUUGACAGAGUCAAUAGAGCACGUUUUACCAGCAAUUCGACUAAAAUACCUUCAAAAUUUUUACUGUGAUUUUUCUACUGAAAACAAUUAAAGUACGCAUCAUAUAUACGUAUACUUUUCAUAUUUUUAUUUACAAAUCGCAUACUCUUUAUAUAGUUUUAGGCUUAGUUUUUUUUCGAUUAGCUUUUAGUGUCCUUUUUUCUACAAACCUUUCUUAAUUUCUUGAUAUUUUUGAUCUACUGCCUUCUCUAUUUGUUUGUAAGCUAAGAACCCAUUCCAUUUACCCAUACACUUUACUAAAAAACGACUGACUGCUGCCGCAAACAUGAGCACAUAUAUUUUUAUGCAAGCCUAUGAAUGCCUUCUGGAUCAAAAGGCUCCUCACAACUACGUCAACUACGAGGCCAACAGCUAUCAGCCCAAUAUCGAUGUGGUCAGCCAACCCAUAAUUCCCGAAACUAAAGUACAAUUCGCUUCUGGCACAGCUUCUGCUGUCCCAGUAGAUCCUGUUGACUUCAAUUGCGAUGCCCCAUCCCUGAUACUGCAGCAGCUGACUCCUCCGCAGUCUCCGCCACAAUUCGAUGCUAUCAAACAACAAGCAGAGCCCCAUUCCGUGCUCGUCAAAGCCGAGGAGAAGGUGCAAUAUUAUGCAUCUGAUUCUGCAACUCCGGCGGCGGCUUCUACGCCCGCAACCUUCAACUUCAACACGUGGGUGGGCGGAAGCGAAAUUGCCCGGGAGAACCAGAUCAUCGAUGAUAUUGUCAACAUGCGGGCUCAGGAGUUGGAGCUCCCCACCAACUGGGAGCAGGACGACUGCGAAUCACAGGCAUCGUCCUCGCUGGGCGGCAGCAGCGCCAGCAGAGUGAGUGGCAGCAUAGCGGACGCCGAUGAGGAGUGGAUUCCAGAGUCGCUUAGCAGUAGCUCCUCCCCAGCUCACACAUCCGUUGAGGAGUUGGCCGUUAGCCCAAAGAAGCGUACUCGCACCUACGGCCGAGGCGUGGAGGACCGCAAGAUUCGGAAAAAGGAACAAAACAAGAACGCGGCCACUCGCUACAGGCAAAAGAAGAAGCGCGAGAUGGAGCACGUCAUGGGCGAGGAGCAGGAGCUAUCGCAAGAGAAUGAUGAGCUUCGUCGUACGCUUAGAGAGCGCCGCAAUGAGAUGCGCUAUCUGCGCCAAUUGAUUCGGGAAUUCUAUCAGGAGCGCAAGCGCUAAACUUCAUACUGUCUCAUUUAAUUUUAAUUUUUGUUUGCAAAGUUAUCGUUAUACUUAACCCAGACCCUCACACCAAUGACACAUUCUCCUCUAUAACCUCCCCCAACAACAGCAAUCACAAUCCCCCACAAAAAAAGUUCAUGCCCCAGUAGCUAAAUAUGUACGCAGUUUGUCGUAGGCUUCGCCUUUUGGCACGUAUGACGGGUCUGUGGACUCCAAUUUAUCCUUGCCAGCGAAUUUCAGCGACAAAAAUCUAACAUCCAGCGACACAGGCCAGUGUGGAUAAGUAUAUAGCCACCACACAUUGUUUUUCGUAAAAAAAAUGAACAUGAAAACCUUUUUAUUUUGUAUUUUGAACAAGCACCCUGUGUUGCAUCUGCUGUACGAUUAUGCGAUUAUUUUUGGGCAAUGGUUAUACACAAUUCUUGACAAUUUUUGUAAUGUCUGUAUCAAUAAAUAAUUUUAAAGUAUAUUAUUAAAACAGCAAUAAAUCAAAGGGUUUUCAAAAGAAA